AUGGAUCCAAAUAAUAUUCAUAGUCAGAGCUCUAGUUUAUUCUUCACAGUCAACAAGGGAGCUUCACAACCAGUGGCCCGUGGUGUUAGACGCAAAUGGGACCCGGCUGAUGAUGAGGUGUUGAUCAGUGCGUGGCUCAACACUUCUAAAGAUGCAAUUGUAGCAAAUGAGCAGAAGUCGGGGACCUUCUGGGAUAGGGUUGCUCAUCUCUAUUCCUCAAGUCCUCAUGGAUUAGAAGAUGGUGAGAGAGAACCCGGGCAAUGCAAGAAAAGGUGGCAUAGAAUAAACGACGACGUUAACAAGUUUUGUGCCGCAUACUCCGCAGCAGAGAGACAGCAUAGAAGUGGUGAGAGUGACACUGAUCUUCUAAAGAAGGAGCAUGAGAUCUUCUUUGCUGAUCAAGCUAAGAAGUUUACUCUUGAACAUGCGUGGUGUACGUUGAGAUUUGAACAAAAGUGGAUUUCCCUUAACGCACUUAAAGCUGGCAACAGUGAGAAGAGGAAGAAUAGGCCAGAAGGAAUCAAGGCUGCUAAGGCUAGAAGAAAUGGUGGUAAAGGAAAGUCAGUGUCUGACUAUGCGAGUGUUUGGGAAAUGAAGAAGGAGGACUGGGAAAUGAAGAAGGAGGACUUGGAGAGGAAGGAGAGACUGUCGAAGUUGGCUAUACUUGACACUCUCCUGGGCAGGACUCAACCAUUGAGUGAGGCUGAAGAAGAUGUGAAGAAUAGGCUCUUAGCGGAGUGUUUCUGA